CGGGGCUUGUAAACAGACCCGGCCGCACGUGACCAUGUGAACUACCUGCUCCGGGGACGCGCAUUGUCUUUCCCGUGAGCCGCGCCACAAAGGAGCGCGACGAGUCCGGGCACGGAGAGGCGGGCGAGCGAGCGGGGAGAGCCGGCCGGCGCGCUAAGAUGGCUGAAGGCGCCCGGCGAGGGUGAGUGGGGGGCGCGGCGCAGCCAGCCGGCGAGUGCUCGCGCGGGCAGGGCCAGCGGCGCCUUCUCCGCGGCCUGGCGCCGGAGCCACCAUGUCGUUCGCGCUGGAGGAGACGGUCGAGUCGGACUGGGUGGCCGUGCGGCCCCACGUAUUCGACGAGCGCGAGAAGCACAAGUUCGUCUUCAUCGUAGCCUGGAACGAGAUUGAGGGCAAGUUUGCCAUAACCUGCCACAACCGGACGGCCCAGAGGCAGAGGAGCGGCACCCGGGAGCAGGCGGGGGCGCGAGGCGGCGCCGAGUCAGGCGCGCUCGCAUCCGACGGGACUCGCGGGCCGGGCAGCCCGGCGGGUAAGGGUCGCCCGGAGGCCACUGCCUCCGCGACUUCGGGCAGGAGCCCCGGGUCCCGGAGGCGCCCAGCCUGGUCGGAGGGCAGCUCUCCGCGGAGCGCGUGCAGCCUUCGAGGGGACCCGCCGCUGUGGAGUCCGGCCGGCAAAGGGGCGGAAAGUCCUCUCCGGAGCCCAGUGCGGGCCAACCCCAGCCCGGUCCGGAGAGCAUCCGGAGGCAGAGAUGUGGCGGGGUCCGCCCCUGCGGCAGCCCCGCCGGCGGCCAAGGAGGCCCCGAUGUCGUCGGUGCGGGUAGUGAGCGCCUGCGGGACGGUCACCGAGGAGAUCGAGGUGCUGGAAAUGGUCCGGGAAGAUGAGGCGGACCCGGCGGCGGUAGCGCUCUCGGCCGCGGAGCAGCCGCCGGCGGCCACCGAACUGGAGUCCCCGGCCGAGGAGUGCAGCUGGGCCGGGCUCUUCUCCUUCCAGGAUCUGCGUGCCGUGCACCAGCAGCUGUGCUCCGUGAACUCGCAGCUGGAGCAGUGCCUGCCGGUGUUUCCGGAGGAGCCGUCGGGCAUGUGGACGGUGCUCUUCGGGGGCGCCCCGGAGAUGACCGAGCAGGAGAUCGACACGCUGUGUUACCAGCUCCAGGUUUACCUGGGCCACGGCCUGGACACCUGCGGCUGGAAGAUCCUGUCCCAGGUGCUGUUCACCGAGACCGACGACCCGGAGGAGUAUUAUGAAAGCCUGAGCGAGCUGCGGCAGAAGGGCUACGAAGAAGUGCUCCAGCGGGCCAGGAAGCGCAUCCAGGAGCUCCUGGAUAAGCACAAGAAUACAGAGAGCAUGGUAGAGCUUCUGGACUUGUAUCAGAUGGAGGACGAAGCCUAUAGCAGCCUUGCGGAAGCCACAACUGAACUCUAUCAGUAUUUACUGCAGCCAUUCCGAGACAUGCGAGAACUUGCUAUGCUACGAAGACAGCAGAUCAAGAUUUCUAUGGAAAAUGACUACCUGGGCCCCCGAAGAAUUGAAAGUCUACAGAAAGAGGAUGCUGACUGGCAGCGGAAAGCCCACAUGGCCGUGCUGUCCAUUCAAGAUCUUACUGUCAAAUACUUUGAAAUAACAGCUAAAGCUCAAAAAGCUGUGUAUGAUCGAAUGCGAGCAGAUCAAAAGAAAUUUGGUAAAGCAUCAUGGGCAGCAGCCGCUGAACGUAUGGAAAAACUUCAGUAUGCAGUUUCUAAGGAGACUUUGCAGAUGAUGAGAGCUAAGGAGAUCUGUUUGGAACAGAAGAAACAUGCUCUAAAAGAAGAGAUGCAGAGUCUACAGGGUGGUACAGAAGCCAUAGCUCGAUUGGAUCAGUUAGAAGCUGAUUAUUAUGAUCUGCAACUUCAGUUGUAUGAAGUGCAGUUUGAAAUCUUAAAGUGUGAAGAGUUACUGUUGACAGCACAGCUGGAAAGCAUCAAAAGACUUAUAUCAGAAAAGAGAGAUGAAGUGGUAUACUAUGACACUUAUGAAAGCAUGGAGGCCAUGCUGGAGAAGGAAGAGAUGGCAGCGUCUGUGCAUUUUCAGAGAGAAGAACUACAGAAACUUCAGCAGAAAGCACGCCAGCUGGAGGCAAGACGUGGACGGGUUUCGGCCAAGAAAGCAUACCUCAGAAAUAAAAAGGAAAUUUGUAUUGCAAAACACAAUGAAAAAUUCCAACAACGCCUUCGGAGUGAAGAUGAGUAUAGAACCCACCACACAGUACAACUAAAAAGAGAUAAAUUACAUGAUGAAGAAGAAAGAAAAAGCGCCUGGGUUAGCCAAGAAAGGCAGAAAACACUGGAUAGACUUCGAAAUUUUAAACAGAGAUACCCAGGCCAGGUCAUACUUAAAUCAACCCGAUUGCGACUGGCUCAGGCAAGAAGAAGAAGUGCAGCGGGCCCCGUGUCCUGUGAAGACCAGUGUGACGGCCCGCCAGCAGCGCUACAGAUCGAAGAGAAAGGGGGGGGCCUGGACGGAGGAAGGGCCGCGCUCCGGUCAUCACAGGCGGCGGACGCCCGGAGCCUCACCCCCCCUGACGGUCCUCCAUCAGCACAACUUGAAGCCACCUCAUCACUUCCCAGCGGCGUCACCGCCGAGCUGCCGCCCCCUGUGUCUCGUCCACUGUUGAACCCUGUUGACUGCAGAGCAGGCUCGGUCGCCGCGGGGCCGCUCCCACCCCCUCUGCCUCCCACGCCUCCGCCGCCGCCCCCGCCGCCCCCGCCCCCGCCGCCGCCGCCUUUGCCCGUCGGUCAGGACGGCGCCCCGGAGGCGCUGGAGAAAGGCCUGCCCCAGAUGGAGGGGAGCGAGAAGAGGAUCCCAAAGUCAGCCAGCGCCCCCUCAGCACACCUCUUCGACAGCAGCCAGCUCGUCAGCGCCAGGAAGAAGCUCCGCAAGACGGCUGAAGGCUUGCAGAGGAGGAGAGUGAGCUCACCCAUGGAUGAGGUGCUAGCUUCCUUGAAGCGUGGUAGUUUCCAUCUGAAAAAGGUUGAACAGCGAACUCUGCCUCCUUUUCCUGAUGAAGAUGAUAGUAAUAACAUCCUGGCACAAAUAAGAAAGGGGGUAAAAUUGAAGAAGGUACAGAAGGAAGUCUUGAGAGAAUCCUUCACGCUUCUGCCUGACACAGACCCUCUAACACGGAGCAUCCAUGAAGCUCUUAGAAGAAUCAAAGAAGCAUCCCCUGAAUCAGAGGAUGAAGAGGAGGCUUUGCCUUGCACAGACUGGGAAAACUAACAAGUAACUCAACAGAAUGAAAAAACACCUACAGUUGAACAUUGGCUCUUGAAAAAUUGUAAACAUUUGGUUCCACGAUUGGAUUCUUUUAGAUCCAAAAUGUAUUGACUCAGUGGUAUGAAAAAGGAAGCACAACGGGCAAGUUACCACUUUUCCAGUCAUUCCAGUAGAUGGUGGUUAACAUGAGUUUAAACGUGCAAUGUUCCUGACUGCAACGAAGAAACGGCCUUCUGAAGAUUCCUGUUUUUAAGCACCUUCCCCACCUGUCCACCCGUUUAUAUCCUUAUAGUGGCCAGUAAAGCUCGGGGUCGCUAUGAGUUGGAAGAAACACUGGGUUGACAGAUCUGCUGUGAGCUGUGUUGAGACUGCGUUAAAGUCCAUCAUUCAGUGCACUGAAUAGUCACCUGCUCAAGAUACAGAGCUUGUUCUGUAUCAGCUUAAAUAGUGUGACCCUCUGAAAAAGAAGUUAAUCAUGAUAGCUAUAGGGUAGGAAUUGGAAGAAUCAGAUGGAAAUGCACUGACAACUCCCAUAUUAUUCAUCUCCAAGGGAUUUUCAUAAAGAUGUUCAACAUCUGAAAAGAUACAUAACCAUGGAGAUACACCUGUAAAUGUGUUUACCACAACGUGAUACAUUUAACAUGGCAUAUUUUUAGAAGCCCACACAUGUAACAGUUUGUAAAGUUUCAAAGUAAAAAUUUCCAUGCUUUUAAAUAGCUCUUCAUAAUUGUGAAUUUAUAAUAGUUUGAAUUUUAUGUGCAGCUUUGUUUAUGAGAAGCAAUACUUUGUAAUUUGAUAAUAAUUCAAAUUAUUUUUAGCCUUUUCGUUUGAACUAUUGCUUGAUUACUGUAACUCAACAUGACUUUCCUAUUGAGAAUCAAAAAUCAGGAUUCAAUAGUAGGGAUGCAGAUCUUAAGUCCUUCUAACACAGACCGUUUAAGUUUUUAUUUUUAUGUUCCACAGUGGGAGAAAAACAUGCUCUACAAAUGUGCAGAAAGUAGACAGGCAGAAAAGGCUCUUUGACUGGCAUUUCACUCUUCACAUGCUUUGAGUUGAAUUUUGGGAGACAGCCUUUGUUAUUGUCAAUAAGUUUUUAAACAUGUGUAUGUAGCUCUAGGUGCCGAUUUUGCUGUACUGGAGUCCUGAAGAAUGCAUGGAGCCAGCAUGAAUUCUCAGCAGGACUGCUGUGGGGCUUGAAUGGAGGUAGAUAUGUUGGAUCCCAGGUUACACUACUCUGUAAGUGUGAUUCUGGAUAAGACAGGUCUUGACCUGCACAUGAAUGGCUGAUGUACCAAAAUGAACUUUGAGGCAGUUCUCUGGCCUAGACCCAGAAAGCAGUCCUGGAGUAAAAGUCCUCCAACGUAUCUGCGUUGGUGAUCCUGAAGAAAAAUUACUUUCACACCUUUGUCACUUGAAAAUGUUAUUUCUUUUAAAAUAAUUAUGGAGAUAAUUUUCUGUUAACAGGUUAUAUAAAAAAAAUCUGUUUAAAUGUUGGUAAUAUAUUUAUUGAUGAGACUAGGAGCAUUUUCACAAUAUAUUGGCUUUAUUCUAGCAUCAUUUUCACACCUUAUCUGAGAAUAUUAGAAAUACAGAUUAAUAUAGUUCACUCAGUCUCCUGAUUACAGUGGAGGUGGGUUAUAGAUUUUUGUAACACACUUUCAGCAAUGCAUUGAAACAUGCCUUUUAACCUAAUGAGUGAUUUGAUUGAUAUAUUUGAAAAAAAAUUCUUUUAGCACAUUUGCAAAUCUUAAAUCAUGUAUCAAUUUUUUGCCUUUGGUUUUUCAUAUCAUGUUUUUUUGGGGGGGGGGGAUUUGUUUCAUUUAUUAACAUUUAGAAAAAAUACAGAAGGAUCUGGUGUCAUAUUAACAACAGAAGCACUGGAACUUUAAUGUGUCUAGCGGGAAUUACUACCCACUUAGUGUUACAGCUGGGGUUCCAUCAAGAGGCAGUGCUCCCUUUUAAAAGGGUCCUGUAACCUGUUUUCCUGAGCCAUGUUGUAAUAAAUUUCUAGCAAAUGAUGCAGGGUGCUCAGAUCCAUGUGAAUCCUUUGGGAGUGAGUCCAUGGCUGUAAGCACACGCCACCCCAGCACUCUGUGAAGUUUGUCCUCACACCUGAAGAUAGAAGGUUAAAGCAGAGCCUCACUAGCAGCCCCCAGUGACCAUUCUCUGUAACAGCUUUCCCCAACACAUCUACUUCCCCUCCUCCAGAUUCAGGUUCCUCCUUCCACAAAAUUACAUGUUACUGUAGGUCAUCAACCUUUGGAGUUCUCACAAAUAAUAAGAGUUUCAGAUAACUGCAGUCCGUUUGUCCAAAUAAAUCCUCAUGUUAAUUAAAAAUCAGUUUCAGAGCCCCAAAAAAUUUAUAUCAAUUUAAGUAUGGUUUCCUUUUUAUCUUUGCCCCUAAAAAAAUGAGCAUCUCUGCCCUUAGUAUUAAAUUUGUAUAUAUUUAGGUAGGAUGGUGCUUAUAUAUGAUCAUGUUUCCAGUUCCAGAUUUGCCCAUACAACUAAUGUGGUUUAUUUGACAGUUAUAUUACUGUUAAUACAUCAUUUCCAUAUCAAAAAUCCCCAGAUAGCUGCUCGCUUAUACUGAAUCAAUUUAUAAGUUAACUUAUAAGUUAACUUAUAAGUUAUAUAAGUUAACUUUAUAAGUUAUAAGUUAACCAAUCUAGUCUCAACUGAGCAUACUUAAAAUAGGGAAACAAGUAGGCGGUGACUUAGUUGUUUGGAGGUUAAUGUUACUGCUCACUUGAAUAUCAAUUUUAAAUAUUUCUUUUACUAAUACAACUAAAAUUACGUACAUAUAAUCAACGAGGCCUGUAUAGAAAAGGUAUUCGUAAUGAUUUAAAAUCCUAAGGGUACUGUAGUGUAGCAGCAGUAUGUGGAAGAAAUACCUGGCUAAAGAAGAAUUUUAAAAGAAUUGCUUGCUUAAUGUAUAUUUUACAGGCUUACUGAGUCUGUGAGCAGCACAAAAACAAUCAUUCUUUAGUUCUUCAUUGUAGAACUGAGACAUUUCUAUAAAAUACACAGCUAUAACAGUUGAUCAGGAGUAGUAUUUCCAUAGUGAAAAAUACGGGGGCUUUUCUUAUAUGGAAACACAGAAAAUUUAUUACUCUAUAAUGAGGGAGGGAAAAGAAGCCUUGUUUAUACAAAGCUGAAAUAUGUAGCAGUAUUUGUUAACUUAGGCAUGACCUCUCUCUGUCAUAAAAUGUGUUAGAUUGAAAAGCAUACUUUGGCCAUAGCAGACACUAAGAAUUAAAACUCUCAUAUCAGUGGAACAAAAAUGAAUGGGCAGCAUCUUCUCUGUUUGAAAUGGGACCAGUAUACAAUUAAUACAUUUAAAUUUAUACAUUCCCUAAGACUGUUUUUAAAUUGCAUUCAUUGUGUAUAUAAGAAAAGCCUUUUCUUUCACUAAGUACAAGGUUUUCUUUUUAAACCUUUGUAAUUAUUUUUAAACCUCUGUGACAUCAGACACCAACCUGUAAAGUGCUUAUGGGUUACAGGCCUUAUCAGGGAGUUGAAAUUUAUAUACAUAAUACCAAAUUAUUUGUAAAAAGUCUUUUGAACAGCUAUAAAACAUUUAAAAACUGAGGCAGAUGCAGUUAUCACACAUCCAUUUGAUAGUGAAAGCAGAAACCCAAACAAGUCUUACCUAAUUCUUGCACUGAAUUUAAAUAAUAUAAAGUUAAAUGUGCAUUUUAAACAGAUUUUAUUUCCCAUUUAUUGGUUAGCAUAGAACAAUGCUUAGUGUUAGAGAGUUGAUCACAAGAUUGGUUUUAGAUAGAAGACGGUUUUAGAUGGAAGAUUGGUUUUAGAUGGAAGAAAGCAGAAGCACCUUACUGUGGAGCGUGUUGCAUUCAUUUAGUGCUACUGAACAAUUCAGUAGUGAUUUCUGAACUUUGCUGCAAAGUGCUCUUUAUUUAAAGCACAUAAAAAGAGUCUCUGCUUAAUUGCUUUGUAAAGUAAGGCAAUGGUAUUUUUUAUCCUAUAAAUAUAGUCUAAUUUAAAAGUUUUUCCUACAAAAUGAGUUUAUAUUGCUGCCUAAACUAUCAUCUAUGUAAACAAAGGAUUUUUUAAAAGGCGAGAGAGGGAGUCUGGAUUGUGAGAGAGUGUGUGUGUGUUUAAUGUUUGUUCAUUGAAUUAUUUUAGAGAUAGGUUCACUCUAAAAUUUUUUGUUUUACCCACAGUAAAUGUACAGCUUGAUAGUGGAGGGAUUUAAUUGAUUGAAUUCCAAAUUCAUAAGUGUCUCUCCCCUUCUCCAAACACAUGAAUUACACCACUGUAAGGUGCAUGUACAUAAAAUACCUCUGAGGCUGAUACAUUAAAUAUAUUAUCAAUGUUAUACUGAAUCUUAAAGCAGUCUUGUUUUGAGGGUAAGGAGAAAGUUUGGAGUUUUCUGGUCGGGUGUGACUGAGAGAGGCUCCAGUUGGUGAGUUCAGGAAAGUCUGGAAAGUGAUUUGAGAUGUAUAGAAAAGGUAUGGGUGUUGGUUAAAGAGUUCAAUUUUAAGAAGGGAAGUUUUGUUUUUUAAACCUGCAUGUUCUAUGGUUAUCUAUCAACAAGUUAUUCUAGCUUUUCCCAAUACUAAUUAUAUUGGUUGUAAGAAUUCUCCAUAAUCACAAGAUGACAUUUUCCCUUCAUUUGUGACCAAAGAAGGGUAGACAGUACAACCCAUGCAAGUGACUUCCGACUUCCUCAACUUGGACAGGAUCCCCACUGCGCCAUUGAAUUUCUUAUUGUACUGUAUGUCUUGCCAAGUGUGAAACCAUAAUAUAUAAUUUAUGAAGAACUGAAGGCUACCGAUCCUUUUGCAUGAAUAAAAGCCCAUUAGGGCUAAUGAAACUGACAUGUCUUUUAGCCAUUCCGGUUAAAGGAAAAUUUUAAUGGCAAACCAGUUCACGACUUACUAGCUUUGUGCAAUAUUAUAAUGUAGAGGCAAAACACUAGCACGUUGUGCUUGGCUUUUCAGGACGGCUUUAACACCAUUACACUAAAAUGGACACUGUACAAAGUGUAUUGUAAACGGCAGCUCUUGCAGAUUUACAGGACUUAAAUGUGCUCAGCUAACAUUCUAAAGUUCAACGUACAGAGGGAAAAAACUAAGCAUUUAGAGCAAUACUAUGAGAUCGCCGGUGAUGUUCUGACUGUUGCCUUUUGCUCUUUAGUGCAACUUUCUGCGUUGUAAUGACUGUAUCGCUUUGUAUUUCAUGUUUUUUACACUCAUGACUUCAGAGUUAAGUACUUGUACACCAAGUAUUGCAAUCACCUUUCUCUUCUUGUACAUGCAACGUAACAUACAGUUUUGGUGCUUAACAAUAUUCUUUUUUUCUUUAAUAAAAGAUAUUUAUUGAGUUAA